UGGGUGGAUUGAGUAGCCCAUUGACUAUCACUGCCGGUCCCAAGCCCGGAUAAAGGAGGAGGGUUAAGGGGUGAGGCCAGCAACCUGCCCCUCGUAAAAAGAAAAAACGCUCACAGAACUGUCACAUUAGCCUCGGAAACUGGACGGAGCAUUGAAGACGACACGGCACGAAAACGGAAAAAACGAGUAUGGAAAGAAAACAUAGUAAGACUCGGAAGUUGGAACAUUACAUCAUGGAGCAACAAAGACUAUGAAGUGAUCUUAGAAAUAGAGAAAAACAAAAUAGAUUUCUGCGCACUUUCAGAGACCAAGAAGAAAGGCAAUGGCAGUCAAAGGUACCAAAACUACAUACUGUUUUAUAGUGGAGUCGACAAGAACUUGCGAGCACGGGGAGGAGUAGGGUUACUAGUGAAUAAAAAAUUUGAAAAAGAUAUUAAGGAAGUACAGUAUAUAAGUCAUAGCGUCAUACAGAUAACAGUAGAGCUGGCCAACGAAAGAACACACCUACUAAGUAUAUAUGCACCGGAUGUAAGCAAACCGAAAGAAGAAAGGGAAGCUUUUUUUGAUGCCUUGCAAGCUACGUUAGACAAAAUACCCAGUAAAGACAAAGUGUUUAUUAUGGGCGACUUUAACUCAAGAAUUGGAAACACAGUUAUCCCUGGAAUCAUGCAUAGUUUCAACGAAGAAGCAGUGAAUGAUAACGGAGAUAUAUUGAUAUAUGUAUGCGCCCUCAACGAAUUACGUAUCAACAACACAUAUUUUGAUCAUAAGGAACAACAAAAGUACACCUUCGCUAACACGAGAGACCAAAAAUCAACUAUUGACUACAUAAUUACAAACAGUGUGAGAAGCAGAAAUGUGGACAAUUUAAACCUCGACGAUGUCCGAUUUGUUAUUUCAAAGGCUUUGCAAGUCUGGUCGAAACAUUCUCGUCUGGAAUUCACGGAAGUUGACAGCGACAAGGCAGAUAUAUUGAUCUAUUUUCAUAGAGGUUCGCAUGGAGAUAAUUUUCCAUUCGAUGGUCCCGGAAAAGUUUUAGCUCACGCCUUUUUUCCAACAGGAGCUAGAUCAAGCGUAGAAGUUCAUUUUGAUGCGGAUGAAAAAUGGACAACGAGCACUGAUAGUGAUGAAGGAACCAAUUUGUUCAAUGUUGCGGCUCACGAAAUUGGACACUCGUUGGGAUUGUCUCAUUCUAACGUUGAAAGUGCAUUGAUGUACCCAUGGUAUAAAGAAAUGGAAAAUGGUUAUGAUUACGAAUUACCUGAUGAUGAUAAACAAGCUAUACAAGUCUUGUAUGGAGCUCCAGACUAUCGAAGCAAAUGGGCUAAAAAUCCUGAAUACCACCCCGUGCCUACAACAACUACAACCACGACGACUACUACAACUACAAGACCAACAAGACCGACACAACGACAUAGAAGGCCGCAAGAUCCCAGAGAUCCAUACGGACAUUAUCCAUAUCCGUAUCCAACAUAUCCACCUUAUUAUCCACAAAAACCGAUGAACCCGAAUAAAAAACAUUAUCCUACGCCAUAUCAUCCUGACUGGAAGAAGUAUCCAAAAACUUAUCAACCAGAAGUACAUCCCACAAGAAGAUAUCCGCCAGAUACAUCCCCGCCCAGGAAAUCACCACCAAGGACGUAUCCUCCACGAACGUACCCACCGAGAACAUAUCCUCCAAGGACGAAUUCCCCAAGAACAUACGCACCAAGAGCAACUGAAAGGAAUUACCCAAUUAAUACACCACUAUAUCCAACUCGGUCUACUCCCAAACCACCACCAGACACUUGUAAUACAAGUUAUGAUGCUAUUUCUGUCAUUAGGCGAGAAGUUUUCAUUUUCAAAGACGCAUAUUUCUGGAGAAUUGGAGACAAUGGCCUAAUGGACGGAUACCCUGCUUUGAUAAGGCGACUCUGGCAUGGUUUGCCUGAUACUUUGACACAUGUUGACGCAGUUUACGAAAGAAAUGAUGGCAGAAUUGUUUUCUUCAUUGAUGAUCAAUAUUAUGUAUUUUUAGAUAAUCAUGUAGAAAGCGGAUAUCCAAAACCUUUAACCCAUCUGGGUAUUCCAAGAGAAAUAAAAAAAAUCGAUGGAGCAAUGGUUUGGGGUCACAAUGGUAAAACAUAUUUUUACAGCGGCAAUUUAUACUGGAAAUUCGAAGAAGAGAUACAAAGAGUUGAAUUAGAUUAUCCUAGGGACAUAUCAAUGUGGAAAGGAGUUGGUACGGAUAUUGACGCGGUGUUCCAAUGGAAAGAUGGUAAAACGUAUUUCUUCAAAGGCAAAGGUUUUUGGAAAUUUAACGAUUACCACAUGCGCGUUCAAGACGAUGAACAAAAAUUAUCUGCUCCAUUUUGGAUGGGAUGCACUACCAAUUAUGAAAAUAAAAACGACCAAAAUAAAAAUACCAAAGAAUAUUCUGAUGAUGGUUAUACCCAAGACAAGUUAGGUGAAAAAAUGCCUUUGAGGGGCGCUUCCAAUGGCGUAUCCUUGACAACAUCAAGUAGCUUUAGUGCUUUAAUUUUAACAGUUUUUUAUAUUGUUUAUGCAGGAUGACGUCUUUAACUGUAGUAUAUUGUCAAAUUGAAUGAACGAUCUUUAAAUUUUUUUCCAGCAGAUACCAAUCUUAAUUUUAUUGAAUAGUUCAAUUCGGGUAAAAAUUAGGAUUUUCCCAUCACACAUGGAUAUGUGGAAUAAAAUGUGUUGCAAAAAGACAAUUACGUCACAUAGGAAGUAAGAGAAAGAAGUAUAUUAUGAAAGGAACAGAAAGAGAAUAUGGACAAAUACUUCAAUAAGUCAAGGUAGUUAAGGUUUAAUGAAAAGAUUAAGACAAAAAAACAAUAACACUGCGAAAUGCUGUACAUGAAUUCCAAAAAAUCCAACUUUCACAAAAUUCAAGAAAACAAACAGAAUUGCCAACAGAAAAAAAGAGUAUAAUUGCAUAUGCUGGCUAUAUUGAAGUUGUAGCAAAAGACAAAAGGUCUUUAAUAGAAAUAAUCUCAAACAUGAAAAAUAGUUAUGAAUAUCCAGAAUCUGCUUGAAAAUAAAUCUCACAAAAUUUGGAAAGAAGAAGCUUGGAAAACUCUGAGGAUGAUGAGAAGUAUAUAUUACCGACCGGAUGACGGUUCAAAUUAUUUUUGAGGAAAUAUAUAGAAUUCUUGGAGACGAUAUGAUCACGUAAGUACAGUGCGGUUGUGAGAAAAAGAUAAACAUAUAAGAAAUAAUGUUUUGAAAGAUUAAAAGUGAGACCUGAAAUUUAUAGAACAUAUACAAACAAACUUGUUGCUAUCAUAACUGGUAGCGACUCAUUCAGGAUAAGCUAAAAAAUAUAACAAAUAUACCACGGAAAAUCGAUACUUUAGGGACCUACCACAAUGCAUUAGUCCUUAAAGCUUGACCUGAAUGUUUUGCCACAACUAAACAUCAAUUAAAACAGUAUUUGCACUCACUAAUAUUUAAAAAUCGUUUCAAUAACUUUAAAAUUGAUUAAUAGUAUUUAUUUUUCGAAAAGUACUCCUGUACUUCAUUUUUGAUACUCACCUAGUCAACAAAAUCUACUACUCCUCUAUUUAGGGUCUUAUUGGAUAAAAAUUAAGAAGAGCAAUGAACUUUCAUUCCUUCAUCUCUAUCAACGGAAAUUUGAUAUUUAAAAAUUAGACGGCAUUAAAAACUUCAACCACAUAUCCUUGGCAAAUGGUGAACCAUAUUUUUAUCCAAAUUUUUUUCACCGCCUUUCAACGAUGUAUCUAAGUAGUACUACUACUAUGACAUUAUUCCUAAUACAAUGCUCAUAAUAUAGCAAUUGAUUUGAAUUUUAAAAUGAAAGUAGAUGAAAAUUAUCUUUCUCUUCCUAUUUCUGAAUUUGGCAAGUAUAAAAAGUUAAAGACUGAAUCUAAUAAACUCUUUUCUAAAUAAAAAUAUAAAAUCCCAACUGCCGAUACAGUCGAUGUUAUCAAGAUUUUGUGAUAUAAAUUUUUUUUGUAAUUGAAUAACAUUAUUUAAUUUUUUUAUUUUAAGUAGUUUUUUAUUUUUUAUUUUAAGUACCCUAGAUUUGGAUAGUCUCGUUUGCGUCCCACCAUUUCAUAUUAUUCCUUUCUAGUUUUGGAUUUCUCCACAAUAUUAGAUCAAAACAACGCUUACUACUCUUUCAGGUAUCUCCAUACUAAUCUUAAUAAACUCAAAAACUAUGCGUAAUCAGCAUAUUGUGUCUACCAAAAGUAUGAAAUGAACUUUUAUGUCCCAACUUUGGAACAAUUUUCAGAAAGUCCAUUUUCAAAAAAACAUAUCAUGCAGUAUGACGCCUGCUUGCGACAUCAUCGAAUGAUAAAAGUUUAUUGUCUUCUGUAGCCAUAAUUAUGCUUCUUCUAGGGUUAUUAACUGUUCUUAACGAAAUCAAUCGUAUUAUUCGGGACUUUUAUCUUUGUAACUACAAUUGCCAUUAUUAUAAUAAACUUUUUUUUGCUCUGUUCACUCCUCCAUGUCUAUAUUUCUAUAUUUGUAUGACCCAGUCAAAAAGUUCCACGUUUCCUUAAGUAAACGUAACAAUACAUUGAUACUAGAUAGGUAGAUCUAAGUCUAAAUCGACAUUCACCGAGCUGAUGAUAUAAUAAAACUCAUUUUAUAAUAAAUUUAUUGGAAAAUAUAUUAAUAAUAGGUUGUCUAAAAAAAUUCUGAACAAAAAAUUCCUAAUUAUUUUUUAAAAAAUGAUUUUUCAUUAAAUUAACAUCAAGAUAAUAUGAAAAUUUUAUACAUCGGUCCUUUAUUAUUACACGGUAUUCGCGCAAAUUACGAAGUGGGCGACAUCUGUUAAUUUCUUUUAAACUUCAAUAGAGUUGAACAACAAAACCAGAAUACAAACUAAUUUUGUUGUUUUAUAAACAAUAGAAAGUGUUAUAUGGAAUUUUAGCCUAAAUAGAGAAAUAAUAUAUUCUGAGAUGAAAACCACACAUCCAUAAGAUGCACUUCGAAAACAAUAAAAACAUGGUGAAAGUUGUACUAGUUAAAAUCCUAUACUAGUGGCCAAUAAAACUCUUGUACAACUUUUUGGUAGUUUCGUGUAUAUAGUCAUGUCUCUUCCUCCCGUUCUUUUAUGAACAAUUGUAUUUCCAAUCUUUAACUACAUCGUAUUAUUUGGGACUUUUAUCUUUGUAACUACAAUUGCCAUUAUUAUAAUAAACUUUUUUUUGCUCUGUUCACUCCUCCAUGUCUAUAUUUCUAUAUUUGUAUGACCCAGUCAAAAAGUUCCACGUUUCCUUAGGUAAACGUAACAAUACAUUGAUACUAGUACUAAGUCUAAAUCGACAUUCACCGAGCUGAUGAUAUAAUAAAACUCAUUUUAUAUAAAUCCUAUACUAGUGGCCAAUAAAACUGUUGUACAACUUUUUGGUAGUUUCUUGUAUAUAGUCAUGUCUCUUCCUCCCGUUCUUUUAUGAACAAUUGUAUUUCCAAUCUUUAACUACAUCAUUCAGAUUGAUUUUUAUCUCAUGAGGUUGGGAUCUAACGUCUCUAGAAACAAACUUAAUGGUUUUCUGAAUUUGUUCCUUCUAGGCCACAUAAUAUGUAUGCGCACUUUAAAAACUGCUUCACAUUCUAUUAGAUGUCUGCUUCUGAGUCAAAUAUAUUUUAUGAUGUUAAAAAAAGUUACUUCAAUUUUCGUCAUUUUCAGACAGAUUCUUAAGCACAACUUUUUGUUCUAACCACACAAACAAACGAAAAUAAAUAAAGAAAUUUCUACUAUAAUCACUAAAAACAUAUAAUAAUUGAAAAUAUUUUGUAUAGGAUGUUUUAGACAACCCAUUUUUAAUAUAUUUUCUAAUAUACUAAAUUUAUUAUAAAUUAAGUUUUAUUCUAUUACCAGCUCGGUGAAAGUCGAAUAUUAUUCAAUCUUCUGAUACAUGAUUUGACAGCUUAUGUAGCCAAAGUAACCAUUUCAUUAAACAAGGUUCAGAACCAUUGAAAAUUUUUAUCAAAAGUUUAUUCAUUGAAUGACCUUUGAUUGAUGUCGAGUAAUGCAGUUGUAUCACUUAGUGUAAUUUAUUAUGUGAUACUGUUAAUUUAUCUUCAAUUUUUUGGUAGGCUUUGAUUAAUAUCAUCAAAAACAGGAGAAACUUAUUUGGGCUUCUAAAAGUUAUAUCACCCAAGAAUGCUCAAUAGAGAGUUGAUAAUAUUAUAUCAUAUUUUGUUUACAUAUUGUAGUUUUUUUUUAUAUAUUCCUAAAGUACUGUUUCUAUAUUAUCUUCUGCUUUAAAAAUACAUUUGAAAUAUCUCUCGUCCUACCUCAUUUUGAAAUAAAAUUAUCUAAUAUCAAAAGAUCUCUUUUCAUCUUUGGUCUUUCAAAGAUUCAGUUACAAAUUUUCUUACAUAUAACCUGAAGCAGUUUUUUUUAAAUUCAUUUUCCUCUUAGUCAUUUUCAUGUAGCCAUCCAUUUUACUGCUUGCUCAUUGUAUUUCUGAAUUUCACUUAAUUAUACCACUAGGUUUGGACUCUUUUUUUUAAUUUCAAUGGCAAAUAUUUCUAAUAACAUAAAUGUAUUUUCACAGUCAGAGAGAAAUUGAAGGCAGAUAUAUUUAGGAUUCAGACACACUAAGAAUUGGAUGAGUCGUUUGUUGUUUUCAGAUGUAUUUACAGAUUUAUUGUGUUGUUUAUUUCUAGAAAAUCAAUCAGCAACACCAAACAUGAACUUAUUCAAAAUGUUUGUAACCUAUAUGGUUACAAUUUCACAAUUUUGUUUAAUUUGGGUUCUCAUAUCUACGUUUAUUUUCGAAACUAGGUAUUUUAAUUAUCAGAUAUAAAAUGAUCUAGUUUAGAUUUUUAAACAAGUGGGAAAAUUAUAGAAAAUCGCUCUACUAAUGGUGGGACAUGAUUUUUAAUAUUAAAAUGCUUAAAUUACUGUGAUAUAAAUAAUAUAUUAGUUAUGCUUUUUGAAUUGCAAACAAAAAACACUCCAAUCUGUAUUCUUUUUUUUAACUUUCAAUUAUUUUUACUCAAUUAGUUAAAUUUGGUACUUAUAGAUGUAGUUCAGAAAUAAAUCUACCCAUGUUUAAUAAAAAUGGAUUUCUUUAUGUAAAGGAGUACAUAAAAAUAUGGUCACUAUCCAGAACACGUUUUAAUUGUAAGACAAUAAUGAAUAUAUUUUUGUAGUCAUUACUUAUUUUUAGCUAUUUUUUCGUUUCAAAGCCAAAUUUUCCAAGUAUUUUUGUUAUGGAUCUUAUUCUUUUGCCACGUACGUAAUGGAUGUAGGCGACUUACUUCUCAGAUCAAAGUAAUCUACGUACAGUUUAACGACGGAUUCGAACUUCUUUGUUUAGAAGAAAUUUACUGUAAUGCUCUGUUAUUGUCAGACAAGUGGAACCGCUGUUUUCAAUAUUGUCUGCAUCUGAGUCGUUUGGUUGAUAAACAGCACCAUCUUACGACACGUCAUCCUAUGAAUAGAUAUAGGAAGAAAUCAUCAUCAGAAACCUCAAGAGAUUAUUUUGAAACUUAAGUACCAUAAUUUAUAUAUCUAAUUCUUACAAUUUUCUAUUAAUACAGUUCAAAUAAUAUAUACAAAUAAAAGAAGUCUAUAAUGCACUAGAUUUAGCAAAAUCAGAAAUUUUAUGAAAAACGAUUAGUAUAAAACAUUGAUAUCUUUCUUUUGAACUGGAAUUUCACAGGAAAUACAAUGUUACAAGUGGUAAGGGGUAUCUGCUUUAAAGUUUAAAACAUUUCCCAAGAGUUUUUUCCCAUAAAUGGAAUUUUAAACAACACCUGUGAUAUGUUGAGAAAUAACUGACGUUUUUUUGAAAAAUAUAUACCACGUGUAGGUACUUUGAUUUUUUAAUUCAGAACAUUUUGUGAAAGGAAUGUUUAGCCAACAGCUUUAGAAUUUAGUGCUUCCAAUAUUUACACACUAGCAGUAUUUUAGUUGAUUUCAAAUGUAUUGAACAUUUCUUGCGAGUUUGUAUUUUGUAUAUCUUUUGAUAUUACUAGGGAAUGUAUUACUAAAGCUCUACAAUGCAGCAAUCUCAAAAUGUAUAAAAACCCGGCAGUGGCAUGAGUGAAGUGGGUCCUUUAGAGACCUUUUUCAAUAUAUAAUGUCUCUUGUGAGACAGUUGUAUCUGCCUAUGAAUAAAACAAUAAUGGAAAUGAAAGAAGGUACCUCGAUUGUGCGACUUGUCGAUGUUUAUAUAGCUUCACGCUCGAAUUAUACUCACUAUAAAAUAGUAGAGCUCAGAUGUUUAUUUUUUCUAAAAACUAAAGUUUGGGAAGUACAUGCAAAAAUUAUAUUGAAGAACAAAUUGAAGAAAAUCCUCCAUAAACUCCUACAUUACUCAGCAAAAUGUUCCAAUUGUCUUUCACACUUUGAAUACUUCAUUGCUCAACUUUCCACAUAUAAACAGAUAUUUGUAACUCUGUACCAAUAAAAUAAUAAAAUAUUUUUAACUGCACUAUGAGCGAUCUUUUUUUUUGAAGACGCCUAAUUUGAAAGUCAAUGUUCUCUUAAACCUACCCAAACUUUGUAAUUCCUAAAUUUACCCCAGUCCUUCUCAAAUAGUGACAUAUUACUGAUGACUUAAUCCAAAAAUAUGUUCAACAAUCCGUGACGUGUGUAUGUUUUUCAUGUUCAGGAUUCUAAUAUUGCAAUAGAUCUUAAGAAUUUUAUAGUUCUUUGGCUUCCAAUUAUAUAUAAUUUAUAUCAAAAGUGUUGUUAUUUUUCAAACACAGUUACCAUGCAUCACAGUUUUUUGUGAAAAUGAUAGAAAUUUAGAUUUUGAAAAGUCACAAUUGUUACUUGUUGAAAUAGUCACUUCUUACGUAAAAAUUAUAUGUCUUUUCAUUACAUUUAUUUCUCAAUUGUACAAUUCACAUCAUUACCAUUGACCACAAUUAUAGUGUAAGUUUUACAAUACAAAGAGUAUCCUUUUAUUUCCUUCCCAACUUCUUGAAACAACUUUUGAGUGGCUUCAUUGAAUACUUAUAAAUGUAGAAUUGUUCUUUCAUUCUAUGGAUGCUUUUCAAAAUAUCUGCUCAACGAAUAAGUCAUUUUUUUAGUGGUUUUCGCACCAAUCAAUAGAUAUCAUAACAUUAUCCAUAUUGCGGAAACAAAUAAAAAUUGGUUGCAGGUAAAAACUUUGUGUGGAGAUAUUUUGUUUCAUUAUUAACUCUUGAGUAUUGUGACAAUACCUUAUAUGUAAUACUCCUAUAUAGACAGUUGGUAUGGGGAAAAAACGUCCCUUCGUACGGUGUCGAGAAUAUUAAUUUUCUCUCUCAUUCGAGACACUUUACCUAGACUGCGCAUGCUUGAGAAUGCGCAGAACCAAGCUGGAACCUCUGAGGAUAGAGAAACCCUUGCCAUUCUGUCUUCCGGAAGAGUUUAAAACUUAUAGAAACUGUCCAUAUAGAAGUAUUACAUGUAAGGACAAUACACGUUCCAAAAAGUUGUGAAAAGAAACGAUCGAAAUAGAAACCUCACUGAGAAGAAAAGAUAAAAUUCAUUUGAUCCUCGCAAUAAUUGAUUCUCAAGUCACUUUGUUAAUUAGUUCCUUGGGUAACAGACGAAGAUAAAGUCUUGGAAUGAUAGUUCUCUCUUAGAUAUUACUUACUUCAAUGAACAAAAAUAUAUUCAUAGAAAUCUCUAAUAAUUAUGGCCUUCAUCUCGAAAUCUUCUUAGAAUGUUUCAAAUAAACUGUGCAAAAUAAGGCAAUAUGUAUGCGAUAUUAAAAAUAUUAACGUUAUGUCAAAAUGUUACAAUUUUAAGGAAAUUUUCGAGAUAACCUAGAACGUUUUAGUUCUGUAUAGAAUAUCAUUUUUAUAAUAUAAUAUAUUAAGUAAUAUGGUUGUUUUAAUUUUAUAUUGUAAAUUAUAGUAUUUGGUAAAUGUACAUAAAGAAAUGUAUUUAAGAACAAAUAAAUAAAUAAAAUUGG